AUGCCCGUGGCCCCGCGGGCACCGCCGCCAUGGGCGCCGUCUGCUCCGGCCCUGGCGGGGCCCUCGAUGACGCCACCAGCAUCACUGCUGGUGGCGGUGUAUCGCUGCUGGUUUCCGACGUCGGGCGAGCCCAUCCUGGAGCGCGCGUCUCUGCGGCUUGACGACACGGUCCUGCGCCUGCGCCUGAUGGUGCAGCAGGCGGCCUCGGGGCGCAUCGGCGCGCUCAUCUCGCCGGGGCACGAGAGGCUCCGCUGGGACGCCCGCCUCGGCGCCGCGGGCCUCUCGGACCGCGACGUCGUGACCGCCCUCCGGGAGCCGCCCGCGCGCCUCCACGCCACGCACUGGGCCUUCGCCGCGCUGCUCGGCGACGGCCGCGUCGCAACGUGGGGGGACGCAGGCUACGGCGGAGACAGCUCGGCGGUGCGACACCAGCUCUCGGGAGGGGUGCGGAGCAUCCACGCCACGGCCUCGGCCUUCGCCGCGGUGAAGGACCUGGACGACGGGACCACCGUCACCUGGGGCUGCCCAGGCGACGGCGGGGACAGCAGCGCGGUGCAGGAACAGCUGAAGGCUGGAAGGUGUGCUCGACCCAUUGGGCGUUCGCGGCCUUGA